UAACACUAAGGAUAUAAAUUGUCCUGUGUGCGCAACACAGCAGAGGCCAAAAUGAAGACCAGCACAGUCUUGGUUCUGGUAGCUUUUGUUGCCAUAGGGAUGGACAUGGCCUGUGCUUGGACACAUAAUCAAUCAUGGAAACGAAAACUUGGUGCCUGCCCUAAGCUACCUAAAGGAAACACUGGGUUUUGUGUUGAAACUUGCUCAGGAGAUUACUCAUGUCCCGGAGGAAUGAAGUGCUGCAGGAAUGAUUGUGGUCGUGUUUGCAAACCUUCUGUUUUCAGAAACAGUAACUCCGACAGCCAUAUGAAACAUGGGUAGGACAAGCAUAUCUAGUCCUGGAACACUUCUCAGGAAUCCAUGAAUCCGGUGCCUGCUUGCAGCUCUAGAAGAUGAGGGUCUACAAUGGUGGGGUGACUGCUUUCAAAAGCUUGUGCCCAAAUAAACUGCAUCUGUGUCAUUAUUCA